CAUGGCCCUCGGUCUGCUACGAGGCUUGAUGCUCUUCACGGCCACGUCAUGCGGCAUCUUCGUGGUGCUGGAGUUGUGCACCUGGCGGACCCCUGUCACCAGCAGCUGGAGGUUGAAGCCGUUCUUCCUCGAUAAGCUGGGUCACCUGUUGGGGCAUGGCGAGGACACGACCGGAGAAUUCAGAUAUGAAAACACGCGUGGAAACUACAGUGUGGGCGUUCAAGAUCAUUCUGAUGAGUUUUGGGAGUAUCCUGCUUCGACGAGAGAUGAAGGUGGAAAAAGUAGAGCCUCGCGAGGUUUUGUUGUUUCCGGCAAUGAUGCGGCUCUACAGAAGUCUUCAGAUUAUUACGCCGAAACGAAUUCGGUUGAACAUAAUGUUCUAGAUGCUGCUACUGAGGUGGAUUAUCUCGCAGGGAUCUUAGCUAAAAAGCUAGAAAACAACAACACCAAGCUCAUCAAGUUCAAACCGACUUGCCACGAUGCCAGAACGAGGGCCAACAGCUGCGUCGAGGGUAAAUGUCUCCAGCUGGCUCUCCCGGAUGAUCUCCGGACGAGAGUCUCACAGCUCAUCAGCCCCACCGGUCUCCGUCUGACGUCAGAUCAGCAUCAAAUUUUAAAGGGAAUGAGUGCGGAAGUGAAAGGCGCGUAUGACGUCAUUUUCGUCACCGCCGCCUCGUCGAACCAUUAUUUAGAAUCGCAGGCGCUGCUGAAAAAUCUUCACGAAAACGUCUUUCCUCACAUGACGAAGAACUUCACGCUUGUGUUUUACAAUCUCGGACUAACGGACCGCGAGCGAGCUCUGGUGGUCAAAUACUGCAAGUGCCAGGUGUUCGAUUUUCCUUUCGAGAAAUUUCCGAGCUUCAUGCGAGAGUUGAAAUGCUACGCGUGGAAACCCGUGAUGAUCAAGUCCCAGGUCCCUAACGCAAACGUCGUCGUCUGGGUCGACGCUUCGGUCCGUUUCCACAAGGACUCAACCGUUGUUCAAAACUUGAUCACCCGAUCACGGGAACGGGGCGUUCAGAUCGGUGGCAGCGGCUCCAACUCACCGUUUCGCACCCUGGCCAGCAUGUACCACUACUUUGGGGAUGAGCCGUGCGCGUACUUGAAUCUGGGCCAGGCCAAGGCGACCGUUGGGGCGUACCACAGCGAGCACUUUGUCCAGCGGGCCGUUCUGGAGCCGUGGGUCGCGUGCGCGUUCAAUUCCUCGUGCAUCUGUCCGACGCGAAGGUUCAAGUCUGGCUGCCACAUGACGAGACAGAUGGAAGCGCGAGUCGACUCGUCUGCCACCGCCGGCGCGCCGAUAGAGUACGAUCUGUGCCAUCGCUUUGACCAGUCGGCGAUCAGCAUUAUUCUUCAUAAGCUCUACCAAGACAAGUACGGGCUGGUGAUGGUCAGCACUAAGACGUUCUCGGAAAUCCUGCGAGGGAACCGGACUUUUUAUUUUCCAAAACAAUGAUACUUCUUGUGUCUUAGUCUUUUGUUAUGGCCGUUAUCGUUUAGUUUUCAAUUCGUACCCUAAACCAUUCAACGUGAUAAACUGUAAACAUUAUUUGAGGAAAACCCCAUCCUGGAACAGACGACUGAUAUUAGACCGAAGAUGAGCGUUGAAGGAAGACAAAUAAACCCAGAAAUUAAAUGUGUUUUGUAAGUUGUCUGUGUAGAUCAGGAUCCUCAAACUUUUUUAAACCAAGGACCGGAUCAGUGUCCUUCAGACAUUAUCGGAGGUCGGAAUUUAGUUUGAAAAACAAAACAAAACCGAAUUCUAUGCAUAACUUGCUUAACUUGCAAAAGACAAUAACAUCUUUAAAAAGAAGACAGUAAUUUUUCCAACACAAACGCCAUAGGGAAGUCUGGCAAAAUGAGAUGAUGAAUCUUCGGUUCCAUAUUUGUUACUGCUAGUUAGGUUUUCCAGUCGGGCCGGAUUUAUGAUACCUGGAGGGCCGGAUCUGGCCCGCAGUCCUUAGUGAUGACCCCUGGCGUAGAUAAUAAUAUAUUAUUCAAGUAUUCUCUGCUUAAAAAUGUGAAAUCAUUUAUCAAUAAUUCAUGACUAUUUCAUUUAGGCAAUUCAGUUUGUUGAGUCAAAUGGAUAUUGAAUAUUUUACUUUAACACUAUGAUGUAGUUUUAUGCAUUUGUAAUAUCUUUAAUAUGUUGUUUAUGGUUGCAAGGGAUGAAAGACUUAGAAUGGGUUUUCUCGUAUGUAGUUUUUGUAAUGUUGCGUUUUGUAUUUAAAUGUGGUAUAAUAUCGAUUUUUUUUCAUUUCUCUUUUAAUGUGGUU